AUGUCUCGCUUUGGUCUUGAUCUCCUAGGAAGAGAAAACCCACCGCCGGGUUACUAUUCUGCUUCCGAAUACUGGCGGAUUCAGGGGGUUGGUGAUCAACCUGUCAACUUGACGGUCCAGAUGGUUGAUUGCCACACCAGCUACAAGCUGUUUUCCCCGAAGGAUGCCUCAAAACCUCAGGGCGCUUGGAACAUGAUAAAAUCCAAACAACCGUUCCUAAUCUCAUUCCCUGCGGUAUCCACUAGUCUUGAUCAAUUUCGAGAUAUUGUGGCUAAAGAAUGUGAGAAGCAGUUUGAAGGAACUGAGGCGGCGAUUCAAAAUGCUAUACGAUUUGGAUCUCCACACAUCGACUGGAAGAUCUCGAUGAAGCUUCCAGCAGCCGAUGAGUUUCUCAAGCCGGCAAAAUAUACCGUCAACGACGAAAAUUCGUAUUCUCACUGGAUUGCGACCAUUGUCGACAAUGGGAAGGACCACACAGAUGUAGUCUUAGAAGUUGCGAUGGUCAACCCGACAAGCUUAAAAAAAGACGAGAAGGUGGCUAUCGAGCUGAAAAAGCACAACUUGAAGCAGGCCGCUGCCCAACAAGCUUCCUCAUCCAAUCCAUCGGUCAAAGCAAGCGAAUUCGAUCCCAUCAACAUUCUUGCCAACAAGAUCUAUGCGACUCACCCGCCGAACGUCAAAUACCAGCCUAAGUUGCCGGUCUUCAUUCAUCCAACCGAUCGCAAUCAAUACAUUCCCUUAACUGCCGGAAAUGUGCAGAAAUGGGCCACUGCCCUUGUUAAACCCGACGACGGAGUGUCACUCCACUCCCCCCCAGCCGAUAUGAAGUUUGAAACGCUGUCUUCGGCAAAGAAGCGUAAGCUCAACGAGGGGUCAAGCCACCAGACUAAGAGCCCGGAGCCAGAUUCUGAAAGCGAUUCCGUUAUCGAUCUCGGAGUCAACUUACUCAACGAGUACCUCGAAUUCGUCAAGAUUCCACCUGGCGACAGGGAUGGGAUCUUGCACAUUCUCACUGAGAACAAAGCGACCAAUCCCCAACUUUUCCGAUCCAAGAACAUCACCCGCGAAGUGAUGAAAGAAUGGGGCUUACAUGAUGUUUUCAUUGCCCAAUUACAAGACAAUGUGUUAAAAUUCGAAAAACACAUGUCUUCCCAAUAG